AUGUUUCAGUUGGGAUUCAGGAACUUUGUUGGAGUGGACUGCAGCGAACAAAUGCUGGCAGAAGCUGCAAAGACCAAACUCUACGGAGAGCUCCAACCGGCCCUGCUGGGAACAGAACCACUUCCUGCCCAGACUGGCACGUUUGAUCUGGUGAUUCUGGUCGGGGGCCUCGGCGUUGGUUUCGCUCCGUUCAGCGUCAUCAGGGAGCUCUGCGAUGCAGCCAAACCAGGAGGUUUAAUCUGCUUGGCGAGAGGCAACCACACGAGUCCAGCAGAGGAAGACGUUGGGACACAACUGCAGCGAGAGCUGCAGCUGCUGGAGGAUGACGGGCUGUGGAGUCGAGUCGUCGUCCAGCAGGUGGCGCGCUACAUGCUGAACCCUCAGGUGGAGGCCAGCAGGCGGGACGAGGGCCCGGUGUAUGUGACCCGGAGCCUUUACCUCUACCAGAAGACCGGCAGCUCGGACGGAAACAAGAAAAUAUGA